AUGCGCAUUACUGCUGUCCUAUCCUCGGCAGCUCUGUCUAUGAUGGCGAAUACCAAGAAUACCAAAAAUGUGGCAAUGCACUGGUUCCGAAAGGGCCUGCGUCUACAAGAUAAUCCCGCACUUCUACAUGCAUUGGAGACUGCGAAGAAAUCAGACGAAGGAAGACUGUAUCCUGUCUACGUCAUGGAUGGAGACUGUUAUCAAUUGAAGCAUUGUUCCGCUUUGAAAGCCAAUUUCCUCGUCGAAUGUUUGAUCGACCUUGAUAAAUCUUUGAAGGAUGUGGGUUCUCGCUUGUACGUCGUAUCAGGAGACCCCACAAAAGAACUGCCAGCCCUUUGGGAGGACUGGGACGUGACUCACUUGACCUUUGAGGCCGACGAGACAGGAGAACCCUAUGCCAAAGCUAGGGACGAGUCUGUGAUGAAUCUGUGCGAAGAGAAGGGCAUUGAAGUAGAGUCAUUUUGUUCCGAAACAAUCUUUCCGUUGGGGGAUUACGUGAAGAAGAGUGGUGGUUUGGCCAAAGUGCCUGCCACCAUGGGGAAGUUUCAAGGUAUUUUUGGAAAAAUGGGCAAGGUGCCCAAGCCUUUGAAUGCUCCAACGAAGGAAGACUUUAAGCCCAUUAUCGACAAAGAACAAGCAAAGGAGACAAAAGGGAAAAUGCUACCUCCCAAGCGAGCCACUGAUCUCCCAUGGCCUAGAGAUACGCCCAAGGCUGAUGCCACUCCCAUAUGGGGUCCCAAGGAUUGCAAGAAUCUAACACCAAUCACGAGGGGUGGUGAAUCCAAGGCACAGGAGAGUCUUUCCAAGAGCAUGGCGAAAGCAGCGUGGGUUGCAGGGUUUGAAAAGCCAAAGACCUCGUGUACAUCGUUGGCUCCAUCGACGACUUCCAUCAGUCCAUACAUGUCGGUUGGUUGUUUAAGUCCUCGAACUGUCUGGCAUGCCAUUUCCAAUGCCGUCGCCCAAGCACCCGCGUCCGCCCCCAAGUCCAAACCGCCAGUGAGUUUGCAUGGACAAAUGCUCUGGAGGGACUUCAACAAUUUGAUUGCCCACUCGGCAAACCAAGACAAUCCUGGUAGUUGGGGGAAGAUGGAAGGUAACAAGUACUGCCGUGAAGUUCCAUGGUCGGAAAACGAGCGAUUCUUGACUGCCUGGAAGAAUGGUGAGACGGGAUAUCCAUGGAUUGACGCUUGUAUGAAACAAUUAGAGACGGAGGGAUGGAUUCACCAUCUCGGUCGUCAUGCUGUUGCCUGCUUCUUGACUCGGGGUGACUUGUGGCAAAGUUGGGAAGGGGGAGCCUUACAUUUUGAGGGUCAGCUGUUGGAUGCAGACUAUGCCUUGAAUGGUUUCAAUUGGCUGUGGCUGAGUUGUUCAGGAUUCUUUUACCAGUACUUCCGAUGCUACAGUCCCGUUGCCUUCCAAAAGAAAAAUGAUCCGCAUGGACACUACAUAAAGAAGUGGGUUCCAGCACUCAAGAAUAUGCCGGCGAAGUAUAUUUAUGAACCAUGGAAAGCACCAGCGUCUGUACAGCAGACUGCUGGAGUGAAGAUUGGCAAAGAUUACCCGUUGCCGAUCGUUGACCAUGCCUUAGAAAGCAAGGAAAACAUGAAUAGAAUGAAAGAAGCAUACGCGGCAUACAAAGCCGGUGGUUCCAAAGCCCCAUCCCCAACAAAGAAGAAGACACCGCCACCAAAAGAGGCAGCUCCCGCAAAGAAGAAGCGAAAAGUUCAACAAACUUUGAAGUUGUGA